AUGUUCAGUGGUUAUUGUCCACAACGAUUUGGACGUGAGCCAACACCGGCUGAAUGUUAUCCGCAACAAGGGAUGAUGUUCCGGAGUGAUCAACCAUUACCACCGUAUUCAUGUGGAAGUAUACCGGAUUUUUACUUGGAAAGUGCAAACUUCAGCUCUCGUUCACCAUUCUUUCCUCAACAAAACACACAAUCAGAUUAUUUUGCCGCCUAUAGACCCGCGCCAAUACAUUUUCAAUUUCCACAAAAAUCUACUGCAACGGUUAUACGUUGUGAAUGGAUAAAUGAGACGGGUAAAGAAUGCGGUAUGAUGUUUGCGACCUCAUCGCAAGUUGCAGCACAUGUUUCACAGCAUCAUAUUGGCCUCAUUGAAUCGACUACACAUGUAUGUUUGUGGAGAAAUUGCGAUCGUGUCGGGAAACCAUUUAAGGCAAAAUAUAAACUUGUUAAUCAUAUUCGUGUUCAUACUGGUGAGAAACCGUUUCGAUGUGAACAAUGUAAUCGGGAAUUUGCUCGAAGUGAAAAUUUAAAGAUUCACGUACGAACUCAUACAAAAGAGAAACCAUUUCCAUGCCCUCAUGUCGGUUGUGACAAGACAUUUGCGAACUCAUCUGAUCGUAAAAAACAUAUGCAUGUUCAUACGUCUGAAAAACCCUACGAAUGCAAGAUAAAAGGAUGCAAAAAAGUUUACAGUCAUCCCAGUUCGUUAAGGAAACACAUGAAGGCUCAUGAGAAGAAUUGUCUUACACCGGAGUUGGACGAAAGCAGUGAUUCCGGACAUGCAAGCACUGGAACACCUGUGGACCCAUUUCUAAAUUUAAAACCGGAUAUUAAUGAAAUGCCGCUACAGUUUCCCACAAGCGCGCCGCUGAUUCGCCCUCCACCAUAUGGUCCGCCUCCACAUUAUCCACCACCACACCAUCCUACGACCAUGUUUCCAACAGAAAUAUAUCAUCAAUUUCAUUGA